GGGGACCACCGGACAAGGGCCCCAGACGGUGGAGGAAAACUAUCACACGCUAAAUACAAAAACCACUUCGUUCCACCGAAUUUAAGCUUACUAUAAAUAAAGGUUGCAUUUGCGAAAUGACAUCAGUCGCACUACGCCUGUAACGAUCACAUCAACAAAAUGUUGACGACGUUUUUCACCUUGGCUGUUUUUACCGUGGCAGCGGCUCAGCUGUUUCAUAGAGUGGAGUUAUCAAAUGAGAAAACACCUUACGAUUACGUGAAAGAAAGAUUGGAUGCAAUUGGUACCGAUCCGAAGUCUGGAGUGCCGAUUUCUGGAUCAUACGAAGUGGAAGAAAGUGAAGAUUAUCCUGAGCAAAUUGAAGGAGCUGCAUCAUCAAUCCUUAAUACCGUUGGAGGAGUUGGUGGUGUAGGAGUUGGUGGUCUUGGUUAUGGAAUUGGUGGACUUGGUGGUUUAGGUGUUGGCGGGAUUGGUCUUGGUCAAGGAUUAGGUUUUGGCCUUGGUGGUACGGGAGUUGGUGUUGGUGGCACUGGUGUUGGUGUGGGCGGAAUCGCCAAUGGAGUUGGCCUAAUCAACCCAGCUAUUGGAGGACUCGGUGUUGGAGGCAUUGGCCUUGGAAACGGACUCCUCUAUCAUCCAUUAUUAGGAGCACAAGUAGGUGGUGGAUAUGUUGAUAAAAAAGCAUAUGACGCCGCACAAAAGAAAGGCGCUGACGAGAAUGUAGAGAAAUUAGAAAAGAAAGCAGAAGAGGAAUCUAAGCAUGGUCAAGAAGGUUUUCAACAAGCCGCUGCUGCUGCCAAGGGAGAAAAGGGAGAGUCAAGUUUCUACAAAGACGAAGAAGCAAAGAAAAAAGCUGCUGGCGAUGAAAAAUUCUAUGAAGGGGCCCAGAAAUUGGACAAGCACGGUGCCAACGAAGAACAAGUAAAGAAAGCAAAAAGCCACAAGAAAGGCCACGUGAGCAAAGGUUUUAAAUCUUCUAGCAGUAAGAACGAAGAAGAGAAGACGGAAAGCUUCUACGACGAAGCUCACGACGAAGCAGACCACAAAGUGGCCGGACACAAUGCAGGUUCUUUCGGAGAAAACCAGCAACAGGGAUUCAAAGGGGCGCACGAAGAAAAAGUUCUGGAUGCCAAUGCGCAAGGGAAGGAGGGCCAUCACGUCGCCGAACAGAAAUUCGAUGAUGCCAAAGCUAAUAAGGGUGAGUACUUGCAAAAAGGCUACAAGGGUGGUGCGGAACUGUUGGAGAAGUUCAAUAACCUCGGAGCUCAUGCGGUGCACGGACACCAAGAGGCCAGCGGCGGCUACCAGCAAAACAAAGGAAUCCUGCCGAUCCAUUAGGAAUAGCGAAGCGCAUUGAAGACCCAAAGUGGAGUAACUUUAAUAAUAAACUUUUUAUGACUUUUGG